GGCGGGCCCUUCGCCGCGGCCACCGCCGCGCUGCUGGCGGCGCUGAUGGGGCUGCUGGUGCUGGCCACGGUGCUGGGCAAUGCCCUGGUCAUUCUGGCGUUCGUGGUGGACCGGAGCCUCCGCACGCAGGGCAACUUCUUCUUCCUCAACCUGGCCAUCGCCGACCUCCUGGUGGGCGGCUUCUGCAUCCCCCUCUACAUCCCCUACGUGCUGACGGGCGAGUGGAGACUCGGCAGGGGCUUGUGUAAGCUGUGGCUGGUGGUAGACUACCUGGUGUGCACCGCCUCCGUCUUCAACAUCGUCCUUAUCAGCUUCGACAGGUUCAUCUCUGUCACCAGAGCGGUCAGUUACAGGGCUCAGAAAGGGAUGACCAGAAAUGCAGUACUGAAGAUGAUCACUGUAUGGAUUGCUGCUUUUCUUCUCUAUGGUCCAGCCAUUCUCAGUUGGGAGCACAUUGCCCAAAAGAGCAUCCUCCCUGAAGGAGAAUGUCAUGCAGAAUUCUUCUACAACUGGUAUUUCCUAAUGAUUGCCUCUACUAUUGAAUUCUUUACACCUUUCAUCACGGUUACAUACUUUAACUUAAGUAUUUACCUCAACAUCAGGAAACGCACAUCCCUCAGAAAUGAAAACCUAUCACCUGGCCAAGACGACUGUGAAAUGAGUUUCCAGGGGAAAAAAAGGGAACACGCCGUAUUUUUUGUAAAGCCUGCUAACAGACACAAACAUGGGAAGAAGAGAGCAAGCAGCCUUUCUCCCCCAAAAAAGGCUUCAAGGCUCAGCCUACAUAAGCUUGACAAUCAGUCAUUAAAUUUGAAUGUCAAUCAAGACCUUCCACCGCUUCAGGUGGAAGUCGAGACCAAGCCUCAUAGGAAUGGUUUCUACAAAACUCCAGAAAGCUUAUGCAACACCACCAGCAGAGUGGACAUUGCUAAUACUAUGGCAAAUAGAUUUAGACUUUCCCGGGACAAAAGAGUAGCAAAGUCGUUAGCAAUUAUUGUCUGUGUGUUUGGUUUGUGUUGGGCUCCAUAUACACUUUUGAUGAUCAUCAGAGCAGCUUGCCAUGGGCACUGUGUGCAGUAUUCACUCUAUGAGACUUCAUUUUGGCUUCUGUGGGUGAAUUCAGCCAUUAACCCUGUUCUAUACCCACUGUGUCACAUGAGCUUUAGGAAAGCCUUUAUAAAACUCCUGUGUCCAGGAAAAGCCAAAAUUCAUCCUCAUAUUUUUAUGUGA